AUGAGCGACAAAAAUACAAAAGGCAAACCGCCUUUUACAAAAACAUUAAACAAAAAUAUCACAAACACCCACUCGAAAACACCUUCUGUAAAAAACAUACCCACAAGCCAUAUUAAACAAAUUCCCAUCUACACCAAAUCAAACAGUUCAAAAACAAAUCCUAGCUCGAACAAGUCAAACUCAAAUGUCUCUGUAGAUAAUAUUGAUACAUUACCGCCACUUCCACGCUCCACUCCUACCUCUGCCACCACCGCUGCUCUCCUAAUUACCGCUGCAGCUAAUCAACACGAUAACCUCUCCAUUUCUGAUAACCAAAACGGUAUCGUUUUCAACGACGACAACGACCAACCCCACCCAGUAUGCAGCUCAGAAUCACCUACCAGUUUUGCUACGAUUACGGCAAACGAAAAAACUCCAUCCAGGGAACAAGCAAUUGUUUUCAACUCUAUAGACGGUAUCAGACAAAUAGAAUAUAUACUUGCAAUUGGAAAACUGAUCCCCCCCGGGAUAUAA